AUGGCAGACCUUUCGGAGGACGAUCACGCCGUUAUUCUAAAAUAUCCAUUCAAUGACUCACUUGAUCGGUUACAAAAGCUUCUUCUAGAGGCAGAGCAUCAGUACAACCAUGGCACUACGGAAAGCAGUGAAACCUGCUAUGAUGCAGUAUCGAAACUUCUCCUCGCAUUAAUGGGCGAAAAGUCAGCUUUCCACCUACGUUCGCCAGUGAGCGAUAAAAAUGUGGCAUUCGAGCUAUCAAGAUUGUUCGCCUCCCUUCAGGAUGAUGACUUCAAUUAUGAACACUACCGCGCACUUAUCCGACUUGUUACUGAAAAGCCUACCGAUGUGGACAUCUGGAAGGUCGUCCUCAAACUCAUUGUUACCUCGCGAUCGACCCCAUCGACGAGCAUCCCCCCUACCUUUGACGGCACCCCGGUCAAAUCCACCUCAUCAUCACAAAAAGGCUCCGAGCAGACGCUUGAGUUGGUGAACCCGAGGCUCUUCGGGGAGAUAUGUGACUGCACAUUUCGAGAUGUCGAGGGUUUCUUCGACAAGUACUUCGAAGGGAAAGACUGGAGCGAUAAAGCAGAUGCCAUUUGUCGACGCGUGCUGGCCCCAGACGGUGACGGUAAUUGGGCCCAGUUUCCUGAUCCUCCUACCCAGAACGAUGUCCUUGCCUGGUGGUUUCGUCUCCAAGAAGACCUUCUCUCGGAAUCACGCAGCACCUACUACACUACGGUGAGCAAAGCGGAUCUUAUCGGCUCGAAGGCGAAACGGCAAAUCGACCUUCUUUUGAGAGCUAGAAACACGUCCCUCGAGCAAGGCAAACACAACUGGAGAGACAUCUUGGUGGUUGGCGAGCUCAAAAAACCCGAGGAUAAGCUCCGGGACAAAGCCACACUGCUGCAGAUAGCCCGCUGCGUGCGCGAGGUCUUCGCUGCGCAGCCCACCCGGCGGUUCAUCCACGCGUUCGCCGUCUGCGGGACCAAGAUGGAGGCGUGGGUGUUUGACCGCUCAGGUCCCUACAGCUCGGGCAUCAUCGACAUCUAUGUGAACUCGAGACGGUUCUUUCAGGUGCUUUUGGGCUACACCAUGAUGAGCGAUGAGGAGCUAGGACUAGACACCUUCAUUGCCAGGGAUGAAGACGGCAUCAAAUCAAUGACCGUCAGAAGGCCCGGACUCUCAGAGGAAACGGUGCUGCGGCUGGGUGGAAUGCUUUCCUUUCAAUCUGCCAUUGUGUGUCGGGGGACCACAUGUUUUCUCGCAGACGAUGGACAAGGGAAACAUGUAGCCAAGUUCUCUUGGGUAUCAGACAAGCGGCGCCCAGAGGUGGAACUCCUCGAGCUGGCAGGUCGAAAGAAUGUCCAAGGAGUCGCCAGGAUUAUUGGCCAUAGUACCAUCACGAGUAUUGCUGACAUGCGCCGCGGCCUGACCUUCGACGGCAAGCACCACAACUUCAAAAGUGCCCCCACCAGUGCAGUCUCCUCGGUUCAUCAAUCUCAGCCGCUCACCGAAUCCUGGCGCUUUGAUAUCCCUCGAAAAACGUCGUCCAGGAAACGCAGAUCUCCGGACAAGGGGGCGCAGGCAUCCAAACGAUCGCGUUCCAUCAAUCAGCCGUCGAGGGACACUCAGCAGGAGAAUGAACUAACUUUCUCCGUUCAGUCGGCGCAUGAGCCAAGCCUCUUUGACAAAAAUAACGGCGAACCUUACGACAACCGUAUCCUCCGCUGUCUUGUAAUAUCGCCGGCCGGCCGGCCAAUCUACAAGUUUAAAUCACCCUUGGAGUUGCUGAUGGCGCUUCGCGAUGCAAUAAAGGCGCAUCGGUCUCUUUACCUCGAUGGAAACAUCCUUCAUAGGGAUAUUUCAGAGAACAAUAUAAUAAUAACUAAUCCAAAUGAGGCAGACGGUCACUCGGGCAUGCUAAUUGAUCUAGACCUUGCUAAGGAAGUUGGUAGUGAGCGCAGCGGCGCACGGCAUCAGACUGGCACGAUGGAGUUUAUGGCAAUCGAGGUGCUUCUUAAUGUUGACCAUACUUACCGGCAUGAUCUUGAGUCGUUCUUCUACGUGCUUAUCUGGCAGUGUGCCCGUCACAGCUGGAGAAAACUCAAUCCGCUAGAGAGACAGAGACAGGGCCAGCCGAAAGACAGCAUGCUAAGAGAAUGGUAUACUGGAACUUAUAAGACAAUUGCAAGAAUCAAGCGAAGCGACAUGCAAGCUGGCGGACUUGAAUAUCUUCUACAGGAGUUUCCGCUGGGAUUCGAGUGCGUCAAACCCCUCUGCAGGGCCAUACGAGGCGUGCUGUUUCCUUAUGGGAAGGGAGAACUUAUUUUGGGAACGCCGCAAGACCCAAAAAGGCUAUAUGAUCCUAUUCUUAAGGCGUAUGACGAUGCUAUAGCUCUGAUUGAAACCGAAUAUGAAUAA